GGCCCUCAAUACUCUAAGGAGCGCCCCUAGCUCGCAGCACCGCCGGGACGCACAGCCAGCGUUGGGGCGUCGGACUAAAUGGCGGCGCGCAGUCUGGGCCACGGCGUUGGGCGGCUGCUGGGCAGCCUGCGAGGAGUACGCUCCGGGCAGCCGGUGCGGCCACUGCGAGGGGUGAGUGUGCCUCGAGGGGCGGCCUCCGGGCUCUCGGGCAGCGCCCCCGCCGCCGCCGCCGCCGCGCAGCCUGGCUUGUACCCCGCGCUCAGCGCACAGGCGGCCCAGGACCCAGCCGCCUUCUGGGGCCAGCUGGCGCGGGACACUCUCGUGUGGGACACCCCCUACCACACUGUCUGGGACUGCGACUUCAGCAGUGGCAAGAUCGCCUGGUUCCUGGGAGGCCAGUUAAACGUGUCUGUCAACUGCUUGGAUCAGCAUGUCCAGAAGUCCCCUGAGCAUGUGGCUUUGAUCUGGGAGCGAGACGAACCGGGAACCGAAGUGAGGAUCACCUACAGGGAACUGCUGGAGACCACGUGUCGCCUGGCCAACACAUUGAAGAGGCAUGGUAUCCGCAGAGGGGACCGUGUGGCCAUUUACAUGCCUGUGUCCCCACUGGCUGUGGCAUCAAUGCUGGCCUGUGCUAGGAUCGGAGCUGUCCACACAGUUGUCUUUGCUGGCUUCAGUGCUGAGUCCUUGGCUGGCAGGAUCAAUGAUGCUAAGUGCAAGGUGAUCAUCACCUUCAACCAGGGGCUCCGAGGAGGGCGUGUGGUGGAGCUGAAGAGGAUCGUGGAUGAGGCUGUGAAGCAAUGCCCCACAGUCCAGCAUGUCCUAGUGGCUCACAGGACGGACAACAAGGUCCACAUGGGCGACCUGGACAUCCCUCUUGAGCAGGAAAUGGACAAGGAGGCCCCUGUGUGUGCCCCAGAGAGUAUGGGCAGUGAGGAUGUGCUCUUCAUGCUGUACACCUCGGGCAGCACCGGCAUGCCCAAGGGCAUCGUGCACACCCAGGCCGGCUACCUGCUGUACACCGCCCUGACACACAAGUUUGUGUUUGACCACAAGCCAGGCGACAUCUUUGGCUGUGUGGCUGACAUUGGCUGGAUCACAGGACACAGCUAUGUGGUGUACGGACCCCUGUGCAACGGAGCGACCAGUGUUCUUUUUGAGAGUACACCUGUUUAUCCUGAUGCUGGUCGGUAUUGGGAGACAGUGCAGAGGUUAAAGAUCAACCAGUUCUAUGGCGCCCCGACGGCUGUCCGGCUAUUGCUGAAGUACGGAGACACCUGGGUGAAAAAGUAUGAUCGUUCCUCCCUGCGGACCCUGGGGUCAGUGGGAGAGCCCAUCAACUAUGAGGCCUGGGACUGGCUGCAUAGGGUGGUGGGCGACGGCAGAUGCACGAUGGUGGAUACCUGGUGGCAGACAGAAACUGGUGGCAUCUGUAUCGCCCCGCGGCCCUCAGCAGAGGGGGCAGAAAUCCUUCCUGCCAUGGCAAUGAGACCCUUCUUUGGCAUCGUGCCUGUGCUCAUGGAUGAGAAGGGACGUAUCGUGGAGGGCAGCAACGUCUCUGGGGCCCUGUGCAUCUCCCAGGCCUGGCCAGGCAUGGCCAGGACCAUCUAUGGUGAUCACCAGAGAUUCGUGGAUGCCUACUUCAAGGCAUACCCAGGCUACUACUUCACUGGAGACGGGGCUUAUCGAACUGAGAGCGGCUAUUACCAGAUCACGGGGCGGAUGGAUGAUGUCAUCAACAUCAGCGGCCACCGGCUGGGGACUGCAGAGAUCGAGGAUGCCAUGGCUAACCACCCUGCAGUGCCAGAAACUGCUGUCAUUGGCUACCCUCAUGACAUCAAAGGAGAAGCCGCCUUUGCUUUCAUUGUGCUGAAAGAUGACACCAGUGACUCAGACGUGGUGGUGGAGGAGCUCAAGUUGGCAGUGGCCACCAAGAUUGCUAAGUACGCGGUGCCCGACCAGAUCCUGGUGGUAAAACGUCUUCCAAAAACACGGUCUGGGAAAGUCAUGCGGCGGCUCUUGAGGAAGAUAGUCUCCGGUGAAGCUCAGAAUCUGGGGGACACCACCACCCUGGAAGACCCCAGCGUAAUCAGAGAGAUUCUGAGCGCCUACCAGAAGUGCAGGGACAAACAGGCUGAUGCCAAGUAACAGGCUCCAUCCGGCUCGCAGAGACCAGAGCUCUGCCUCGGCCUGUCCCAGAGGGGCCUUGGGGUCGCAUUCAUUUGUGUCCCUGCAGCAGCCCUCACCCAGCACAUAAUCCACAGCACCUGAAUGUGAAAUUGAGCCAAGAGCCCAUUCUCCCUUCGCGGGGACCCAGAAGCACAGCCGUGAAGAGGCACCGUCAGGGAGGGUUAGGGUUUGUUCCACUUGUCCUGAGUUUGGUUCCUGGAAUGAAAAGCCGUCAUCUCCCUCUUCGAACUCUCUUGAGACAGCACAGGAAGAUAGGAAGCCUGCUCAGAUAACUUAGAACUAGAAGCAAUCAUAUUUUUUCCAGAUGUUUCUAGAUGCAAAGGCAGAGAUUUUAUUUUUAUACUUUUAUAUUUUAGAAGCUGAAUGUGAAGAACUCAGUGUAAUGCAUGGACUUACUCGUACAUGCCCUUUGUAACAGAGGAUGAAAAUCUCCUUUUUUGCUUCUACUGUGGGGAAACAUACUUUGAAUUACGGUAGAGUAUUUGGAAAUGUGAACUGGAGAUGUUUGCAUCUGUCUAAACAGCUGUCUUGGGAACCUCCAGGCCUGUGGCUUCCUCUCCUGCUGUCUGUUUCUCCCAAGCCCGGCUUGUGUGUGGUGGGGCUGAUGCUGACUAAUGGGUGGGGUGUACUCACCUUUUAAUUCUGAAACUACUCCACCGUGUUCUGUUUUAUUUUAAGCUGUGAUCUGGAAAGAUUUUUUUCUCUCCUGGAUGCUCCUUGGUAGGCAGUUAAUGCACUGCAAAUAGGUACGGCUGUUCAGAGAAGCCAGUGAAAACUUAGGGGACUUGUUACAAUGCUAACUUGGCUAGAACUGGGUGCUGUGGGCUCUGCUGUGCUUCCUGCAGUUGGGUAGUAAGAAACAUUGAGGUCCACUGGUGAAACUUGGAGCCCUGAACCCCAACUCCUGAUUUUUAAAUGUGCCUUAAAUCCUCUGAACAUGAGCAGGAUGAUGUGAAUCACGAGGCUGCUAAGUGCUUACUUCUCAGCACAUGGGUUGGUGGCAGCCAUAGGAGACGCAGCCCUGGGAGCUGGGUCCCUGAGGCAGGGAGAGGUGCCCUCCUCUUUGCCCUGCAGGUCACCCCACAGGGCCUUGAGGCUAUUGGUGUUUGAGGGCUGUCUGGGUCAGAGCCCACUCUGGGACAGGGCUAUGCUGGCCCCUGGGUGGCCAGGUGAGCACCCCUCUGGUGCCUGGACACAGUGUAGGCUAUAGCACGCACAUGUACUAAGCAGCAAGCGGGCUAUGGUUACUGGCUAGCUGGCUGCAGUAACAGCGCUGAGUGGCUUAGUUUUCCACUGAGACACUCAGGAUGGUGUCCAGGAUCCCAUGAUGGUCUGUAGAGGAGGCCUAAUAAAACUGUAUUUUGUUCA